GAAAGUGUUUCGAAUCUUGUGUUAUAGGAACUGUCAAACUUCUAAUAAAUUUUUAUGUUAUAUUUGAUAUUAUAUUAAUAAUUAUUAAGAAAUGAUGUCAGAACGAGAUUACGCGCCAUUAAGUGCAGCGUGCGUUCGUUCUUUGAAUGACAAAAUUUAUGAAAAGCGCAAAGCAGCUGCUUUAGAAAUAGAAAAAAUGGUCAAGGAAUUUGCUGCUCACAAUAAUACUGUUCAAAUAAAGAGAUUAUUGAAAGUUCUUGGUCAAGAUUUUGCAACUUCGCAAAAUCCACAUACAAGAAAAGGAGGCUUAAUAGGCCUAGCAGCUAUAGCUGUUGGUUUAGGAAAAGAUACUGGCCAAUAUAUCGAAGAUCUCAUUCAUCCAAUAAUAGCAUGCUUCUCUGAUUCUGACUUAAGAGUUAGAUAUUAUGCUUGCGAAAGCCUUUAUAAUGUAGUCAAAGUAGCUAGAGGUGCGGUGUUGCCUCAAUUUACAGAUAUUUUUGCAGCUUUAAGUAAAUUAGCAUGUGAUUCGGAGCAAAAUGUUAAAUCUGCGACAGAGUUACUCGAUAGGCUUAUGAAGGAUAUUGUAACGGAAAGUAGUGUGUUUGAUUUAGUUGGUUUUAUGCCACUUUUAAGAGAACGCAUUUAUACUAAAAAUACAUUUGGCAGACAAUUUAUUAUAGCAUGGGUAUCUGUCUUGGAUGCUGUACCCAAUAUGGAUUUUAUUAUAUUCUUACCUGAAAUACUUGAUGGAUUAUUUAGAAUUUUAGAGGAUCCAACACCAGAGAUUAAAAAAACAACAGAUACAGUUCUUGGUGAAUUUUUACGUAGCAUCAAAUCGAAUCCAGCGAGGGUAGACUUUCCAGGAAUGAUUAAUAUAUUAAUUACUCAUGCUCAAAGUACCGACGAACUAUUACAAUUAACAGCGAUAACUUGGAUUAAAGAAUUUGUACAGCUCUCUGGUCCAGUUAUGUUACCAUACAUGUCUGGAAUACUUGUGGCUGUUUUACCAUGUUUAGCAUACGAUGGAGAUACAAGAAAAAAUAUUAAAGAAACUGCAACUCAAGUUAAUGCAAAUUUAAUGAAAUUAAUAAUAAUGGAAAAUUCAGAUGUUUCAAAUAAAGGUUUAAUUAAUGAAAAUAAUAUCAAUUGUGCUAAAGAAUCUAAAGAUGGUAACCAAAGUUGUUCUCUAGCUGAAAGUCUAGAUUUGUCUAGUUUGGUAGAAGUGCUCACCAAACACUUAAUGUACAUGUCUGUUCAAACUAAAGUUGCCGUUUUAAAAUGGCUUUAUCAUUUGUUUACAAAUAUUCCACAUAAAAUGUUUGAUCAUAUAGAAAUAUUGUUUCCAAUUUUAAUGAGAUCUUUGAGUGAUAAUUCUGACGAGGUAGUACAACAAACUUUAGUUGUAAUGGCCGAAAUAAUAAGUUCUAAAUCUUCAGAAGCAAUUACAACUGAUUACCGUAAUAAAGUGCAAAAUAUAUAUUUUACUAAGUUUAUUGUCAAUUUAUUAAGACUAUUUUCAACUGAUAGACAUUUAUUAGAAGAAAGAGGUGCUUUUAUCAUAAGAGAAUUGUGUGUAUUACUCAGUGCUGAAGAUAUAUAUAAAACAUUAGCAAAAAUAUUGUUAUAUGAAGAGAAUUUAAGUUUUGCGUGUACUAUGAUACAAACUUUAAACAUUAUUUUACUAACAAGUUCUGAAUUAUUUGAUUUAAGAAAUAAAUUAAAAGAUUUGGAUUCUUCAGAAAGUUGUGAUUUAUUCCAAUGUCUUUAUGAAUCUUGGUGCCAUAAUCCAGUUGCAACUGUAGCUUUGUGUCUCCUAUCACAACUUUAUCCCCAUGCACUUAAUAUUAUCAAAUCUUUCGAAAAUAUAGAAGUUACUGUUGAAUUUUUGACGGAAAUAGACAAAUUAGUACAACUUAUUGAAUCACCUAUAUUUACGUAUUUACGUUUACAGUUAUUAGACAGUGAGGAUAAUAUUGACUUAGUUUAUGUAUUGUACGGUUUACUAAUGAUACUUCCUCAAAGUGAGGCGUAUGCAACUUUACAGCGACGAUUAUCUGCAAUUCCUCCAGCAACAAAAUCAUUGAGUCUUAAAAAUAGUAAAGUAUCCAAUAAACGACAAUUGAACUUUAUUGAUCUAUUAUAUCAUUUUCAUGCUAUUCAAGAAAAACAUAAAGAACAUAAACAUAAACAGAGAUUAACUUCACUAAUUGAAAGAAACACUAAUCAAAUUGAUUUAUGAAAUAAUAAUAAUAAGUAUAUUACAGAAUGUAAAAUAUAUUCAGUUAUUCAUUUUUA